CUCAUGUAAAACAAACAUCACCCUUCUAUGCUCUUCGUAGUUUCCGCUUCUCUGAAGCAGAAACCAUUUACCCCUCUUUCUCUCUGUCUCUCUCUCUCAUUUCACAAUUCAUUCUCUUUCUGCUCUCUCUCUACAAUGGAGAGCUUUGCAUUCUCCUCUCCAUCUUCAACCUCUUCGUUCUCUCUCUACUCUCGCUUCUCUCUCCACGCCAGAUCACGGCCUUCGCUCUUCAAAUCAACACCGUCAAUAUCUCCCAAGCCUUCACUUCGAUCCAUAUCCUCCCUCCGAUCACCUUCCUCUUUCUCUACUCUCUAUCCCCUCAAUCCCAGACCCUUCCUCUUCAAUCCUCUCCAAAAACCCUACACCACCCGCAAACCAAUCCAAGCCUCAUCACCAUCAUCACCUGAUGACAACAGAGGCUCUAUCGCCGAAUCGAAGCCUCAAGGCGCUAAACUCAUACCGUUGAUCAUCUCACUCUCUAUUGGUCUGAUUGUUCGUUUCCUCGUCCCGAAACCGCCGGAGGUUUCGAUGCAAGCAUGGCAAUUGCUCUCAAUUUUCACAUCGACGAUCGCCGGACUCGUGCUGAGUCCGUUGCCGGUCGGUGCAUGGGCAUUUUUAGGGCUCACAACGUCAAUUUUGACGAAAACCUUAACUUUCUCGUCCGCUUUUAGUGCGUUCACUAAUGAGGUGAUUUGGUUGAUUGUGAUCUCGUUUUUCUUCGCUCGGGGGUUUGUGAAGACCGGGUUGGGUGAUCGAAUUGCGACGUAUUUUGUGAAGUGGUUGGGGAAAAGUACUCUAGGCCUGUCUUAUGGGUUGACCAUUAGUGAAACUCUUAUCGCUCCGGCUAUGCCGAGCACGACGGCUAGGGCUGGAGGUGUGUUUUUGCCUAUUAUUAAGUCAUUGUCGCUCUCAGCUGGUAGUAAACCAGGUCACCCAUCGGCGAAGAGGCUUGGGUCUUAUUUGGUUCAAUCUCAGUUUCAGUCGGCUUGUAAUUCUAGUGCUCUUUUCCUAACUGCUGCAGCUCAAAAUCUGCUGUGCCUCAAACUAGCCGAGGAACUCGGGGUGAUAAUUGUGAACCCAUGGGUAUCUUGGUUUAAGGCUGCUAGUUUACCUGCAGUUGUUUCUCUCCUAGUUACUCCAUUGGUGUUGUAUAAGCUUUAUCCUCCUGAAAUCAAAGACACACCAGAUGCCCCUGCUAUGGCUACAAAAAAACUGGAGCUUAUGGGUCCUGUCACAAAAAAUGAAUGGGUAAUGGUUGGAACAAUGCUUCUUGCAGUCUCUUUGUGGGUCUUUGGAGACGCUCUUGGUAUAGCAAGUGUUGUUGCUGCUAUGCUUGGCUUAUCGAUACUCUUAUUGUUGGGGGUGCUUGAUUGGGAUGACUGCCUAAGUGAAAAAUCAGCAUGGGAUACCUUGGCUUGGUUUGCAGUUCUAGUGGGCAUGGCAGGCCAAUUGACAAACCUUGGCAUCGUAAGCUGGAUGUCUAGUUGCGUAGCCAAAUUGCUUCAUUCUUUCUCCUUGAGUUGGCCUGUUGCAUUUGGUAUUCUUCAGGCUGCUUACUUCUUCAUCCACUACUUAUUUGCAAGUCAAACUGGUCAUGUGGGAGCUUUAUUCUCUGCAUUUCUUGCCAUGCACUUGGCGUCUGGGGUGCCUGGUGGGUUGGCAGCACUGGCUUUAGCUUACAAUACAAACUUAUUUGGUGCUUUGACACAUUAUAGCAGUGGUCAGGCUGCUGUAUACUAUGGAGCUGGUUAUGUAGACCUUCCAGAUUUAUUCAAGGUGGGCUUUAUAAUGGCUUUUGUUAAUGCCGUGAUCUGGGGAGUUGUUGGGGGUUUCUGGUGGAAGUUCUUGGGUCUAUAUUGAUUAUCAAUUUUCAUGUAAGUAGGUGCUAAUUUUCCCCCUGUUGUACGAUGCCGAUGCCCAUUUGUUCCUGGGCAUGGUCAAGUACAUGGUCAUUUUCUUUUGAAAUUAUUCUUCACAUUUUAAGUGAUUACCUUUUUUAGUUUGAGCUCA